AUGAAUGCAGCGCAGCAGCUCCCAUCUCACUCAUCAUCUUUUGCAGGGUGUGCCCAUCAAGCUCGCGCUCACUAUGUGCGAACCAGCUUCGACACCGAUCCAGCUGUUCUGGAUCAUCUUUUUCAUGUUGUUUGGAAGCUACCACCACCAAAACUUGUCAUCACUAUUCAUGGAGGAUUGACAAAUUUUGAUUUACAAUCGAAAUUGGCACGUAUCUUCCGAAAAGGAAUACUGAAAGCGGCUCGGUCAACAGAUGCUUGGAUAAUCACAUCCGGAUUGAACACCGGCGUUGUACCGCACGUCGCAUCGGCUCUUGAAGAUCUCGGUUCAACGUCACGAUCUCGGACCCGAGUGAUCGCAAUAGGUGUGGCGCCAUGGGGCAUGCUCAAACGAAGGAAUCGCUUCAUUGGGACGGACAAGUCGGUUCAUUACGCAACAAAUCAGUUCAACAAGUCAAGGCUGGCUGAACUGAAUGAUCGUCAUUCUUACUUUCUGUUCGCUGACAAUGGAACAGUCGGA